CAAGCCAGCAGCCAAGAUGGCGGCCGAUUCUGAAGCUGCGAGCGGCCAUGGAGCCCGCAGCUCUAACGCUGCCUUGGAAGCCUCUUUGGACCGCCGCUUUCAAGGAAUAUCCAACACCAUGGACUCCAUCCAGAGCCUCUCCGGCUGGUGCAUAGAGAACAAAAAGCACAGCGGCCUCAUCGUUCGCUACUGGAUGAAGUGGCUGAAGAAAUCGGACAACAGUCACCGUUUGAAUCUCUUCUACCUUGCCAACGACGUCAUCCAGAACUGCAAAAGGAAGAAUGCCAUCGUGUUCCGCUCUGCCUUCGCCGAGGUCCUUCCAAACGCCGUUCUGCUCAUCAAAGACCCCAAGGUCCGUAAGUCGGUGGAAAGGAUCUUUUCAAUCUGGGAGGAACGCAGCGUGUAUCCCGAGGAGCUCAUCACCCAGUUGAAAAGCAACCUGAACAAGAAGGAAAAGGAGCGGGAGAAGCAGAAGGAAAAAGUGAAAGUGAAGGAAAAAGGAAAAGAGAGCCCCCCUACCAAUGCUCCAGCCAAGACCAAAGCUGCAAUCAAGUCCAAGAUCGUUGCCGAGUUUACACCCAGCUCACUGAUAGAGCAGCUGUCGGGAUACAAGCAAGCGGUGGCGGAGGAGGAACACCGGGAGAAGCAGCUCGCAGCUCUCCGGCUGGACAUCUGCAGCACCGAGGCCCACAAGAGGCUCAAAGACAAAGCGGGAGGGAACAAGUUUGCCAAGGACUUCGAGGACGGCAGCCUGAAGCUGCAGGAGUUUGUCGGCUUCCUGGAGAAGGAGUUGAAGACGGGGCCCCCCCUGCUGGAAGCGUUGGAAAAUGCGGACAUCUUCUACGAGAUGCAAUACAAGGAGGUCAAGAUUGUGGCUAAUGCUUACAGUGCUUUUGCUAACCGUGUGACCAGUCUUAAAAAGAAACUGGACUCCCUCAAGUCCACUCUACCCGGACCCGAGGACUCCCCCAUCCCUUCACCCUCCGAAGACGCCCCUUCCCCCACCGGGUCCGAGUCCCCGUUCCUUGCACUGGGUUCUGUGAGAGCCCAGGUUGAUCCUGAGCUGGAUGGAAAGGCCAUGGAUGACGGGGAUGUGGCAAGCGACGACAGGGAGGACAUGGACGUGUCGGAUGAAGACGAGCGGCCUUCAUCGACAGCAGGGGACAAAAAAGGCGAGAUGUCUCCGACUCUAACCAAGACCAAGUUGGACGCAGACGCCAAGCCUCCCGCCACACCUACCAAGACCUCGAAAUCUAACGUUGCAUCCGCUGCUAUGACAACUCCAGCCACUCCUACCUCCACCUCUCCGACCACGCCCACGACUCUGGGAGUCAACAUGGCCAAGGUGGACCUGGGAAAGAUCAGCUCCAUUCUCAGUUCCCUCACGGCCGCCAUGAAGAACACAACAGCUAGCCCCUCGCCUCGGCCGUCCCCAGGAACACCCACCACCCCGUCCGGCCAGUCCGCAGCCUCCAAAGUGACCCCUGCAAGCCCCGCCCUGGCCAGCAUCUUGUCACGCGUGGGUGACAUCACACCCGAAGGCAUACUGAACGCUCUGUCGAAAAGCACCACACCAGCGUUAUCCAAUCUCCUGCACAGCGUCACAAACUCCGCCUCCGCCACGUCAACUCGAACGUCGCCAGAGGCAAAGACCCCGGGCACCCCGAAAGCUAAAUCCACCGCGGGGAGCACCCUCAAAAAGGAGACGCCCGGCAGGAGCAGAGUCUGGGAGAAGGACCUCCAGCUCUCGCCGCCUCCCCCGCCGCCGCCGCCUCUGCCUCCCCGCGUCGCCGCUGCUGUCGCCCUUCCCAGUCUUGAGUCCAAAAUCAACAGUUUCUUGCAGGGCAAUCCCGGUUUUAGUCUGGCCCUCGGCGAUAGCAGUCCGGACGGCGCGGGCGGGACCCCCGUGAGAGACGAAGCGGCCGGCACCCCCACCCAAGAUGAGAUGAUGGAUGCGGUGGGCAGCGUGCCUGAGUCUUUAGGGUCUUCUGGCGACAACAACCUUUCUCCCACCGCGUACCGCAGCGAUCCUUGGGAUGCUGUAAUCACUCCGUCGGGAAGUAAUAACCACGACGACUGCUACGGAAGUGGGAAAAGGAGUGAGGAGGCACGGAAGCCGGUCUCGGCCUCCGCGAGUAACGAUGUCCCGAAGGGGAAGAAAGACGGACAGCACAGUCAGGGUAAGACGGCACCCAAGGGGGAGCGUCGCUUCUCCGCCAGCUCCCGAAAAGCAAGCACGAGCUCAGAGGACGGGAAACGAGAAGACAAAGUCAAAGGUCAAAAGUCCCCGAGUGGGGACGGGAAGGACAGCGGGGGGUACCACCGUAUCGAGACCCUUGUUUCCCCCUGCACCGAGGGCGCACCCAUCCAGACUGUGGGCUACUCCAACCAGCCGCUCGCAGGGGAGCGCAUCAAGACCGUCGAGAGCAUUCGCGUGAUUGGCCGGGGCUCUCGGCGAGGGGGCGGGUCCGGCGCCCGGCCCGGGUCCGCGUCCAUGUGGUACGAAGAGGAGAAAUACAUGGAAGCUCAGUCCCCCUUGCCCCAUGCUGCCCCCCCUCCUCUUGGUAUGGGCCAGGCAGGCGGCGCCGACAUGCUGCCCACCAUGCCGCCCCCGCACCAUCUCCUCACUCACCUCCCACCUCCUCCCCCGCUCCCCCACCCACUCCCUCCUCCCCCGCCGCCCCAAACUCAGUUCCAAAUGCCGUUCCUUGCUGACAGUCUGCAGACUCCUCCCCCCCCUCACCUCCACCAGAUUCCUCCUUCACCUCAUUUCUUCAGCGCCCCGCCCUCCAUCCCUCUGCCUCCCCCGCCUCCUGUAUCACCCACCCACCUCCCGACUUUGCCCUCAGCAGUCAUGGUAGGGGGUAUUUUGGUCCCCGUUGACCGCCCCUUACCGGCUCCUCCCGCAAUGAGACAUGACGGUGCAGAGCGAGGGGGCCCCAGGGGCAACAACGGGGCUCCUCGUCCGCUCAUGUCUUUACUAGGUGAGCCUCCGAAGCUGCCCCGUCCCGGCACAGUUAAGGAACCGUUCGUCCCCCACCAUACGCCCCCGAUCCACCGCCCGGGGGCCCCCGGUGUGCCUCCCCCUCUCCUGGGCCGAGUGAAGGAGCCCUCAAAUCUGCACCUUCCGUCUCCCACGUCUCCUUCCACGCCCAACCCCCCCGCCGUCGAUUGCGUGCCCGCCCCCACCGGGCCGAACCCCCCCGCCAGUCCUCCGGGUCAAAGCCGCAACCAACCCCAUAGCCCCGUCCCCCUCCUGGCCCUGCCCACGCAACGCCCCCCCAUGGCGUCUGGCUCCAACAGACCCCAGCGAGGCCAGCACCCUCGCCACUUUAACCAAGAUCACCACGGGGGUGGCAGGAGGUUUCACGGCAACAAGCGACCCGGCCCUCCGUUCGCAGGCGGGCCUUUCCACGGGCAGAAGAGACCCUUCGUGCCGCCACGCUACUGACGUGGUCGUCGGUCAUGUGAUGAGAGAGGGGAGCCGCACCGCUAGCCUCACCCCCAACGCAGUGUGUGUUUGCCUUGAUGGUAUGAGUUUAGACAUAUUAUUUACUUGUCGUGUGUACUUAGCAGUCAUAGAACAAUAUUCCUUGCACAUUAGGAGAGUCGCUAGCGGAGAGAAGCCGCAUAAUCAGCAUAGAAGCUACGCAUUUUAAUUCCCGAGAGAAUCAACCAUUUCAAAGUUCUUUCCACCCACCCUCCCUGAAUGUUUGCGUGUCUUCUAAAAGUGUUUCCUGAUGUAAAUAAUCCUCCUCUUCUAUAUUCCUAGCAUAUGAAUUCAUCUCUUCCUCUCUGUCCCUCCCCACUUUGUAAUGCUUAGCUUGUAAAUAUAAAAGGAGAGUGACUGGUGCUGCCCCCCCCCCCCACCCCCAUUUUCUUCUUCUUCAAAACUUUGUUUAUGUAAAUGAUGCUCCUGUCGUUAUGUGAUCCAGACCCUGCAAACACUCAAUUGGCACCACAGUUUCCCUUUUUGUUGUUUCAUUCAAACACAGCACACAGACGAAAAAAAAACACUGUUUUAAUUAGGGAUGGGCAUCAAAUGGGUCAAUUGGUCGUUAGAAUUGGAGUGCACCGCUUGAUUCCGUCUCGACUGGGGGAAACAGGAGCGCAGAACGCACCGAGAGGGAUUCUAACACCCUAUUAAGAAUAGAUUUAAAGUUGCAUUUCCUCGUAGUCUAUGAAUGGAACGUCACAUGCCCAUCCCUGAUUUGACUAAGUGUGUCAUGGCCGCGCUUCAAGUUAGCGUAGCGGAUGGAGAGCGCUUUGGGAAGCUCCUGCAUCUGCAUGUACUGACAUGAAUAAAAUCCAGACAUUCUAUUCAACUGAACUGGGGGAGGGAGGGGGGGGUAUUUUUUUAUUUGGUCCUGAAUAAAUAAGCGCUGUGUGGUUAAUGUGCGCUUCUUUUCUUGCAUAGACUUCUAGCAGAUAGAGUUGCAUCUGCAGCAGCACCACCACCACAGUGUCAUAUGUCAUAUAUAUGUCAUAUGUCAUAUUGGAUUGAUUGACGUUUCUCCUUUUUCAAUGCUUCACUGUUGAGCCCGUGCGCUCGCCCUCAGUUUUCCUCCCUCUGCAGGAUUCACGCCCUAUUGUGUCGCUCCCACAUUUCCUAGCCUAGACGAGGUCCGUGAAAGUCUCAUCACUUGCAUCCUGUGUUUGUAGAUGCAACUUGGUGCUGCAGGACUUCCUGUCGUAAUGCAGCACCUGAUGAUCUAUAGGUUAUUUAUCCUAUAUAAUAGUAUACAGUAUAUCUUCAUUAUGUUCACACUGGGGGUCACUCAAUGUUUAAAACAUGUUUGUCUGUGUUGUCACCCUGGCAUACAGGAAGUCUUCUACUUCCAAAUUGGGGAAUAGUCACGUCUCAUCAUCAUUAUUGGUUUUGACAAAGGAGGAUGCUUUACGUUUUUGGUUUUUUUUUUUUUUUUUUUUGAAAAAUUGUCAUCAACGAUGCUAAUAUAUCACCAGUGUGGGCGUGUCCAAUCCUUUCACGUGACACCAACACGCGCACAAAGCUGUCAUAGUCAAUGUGUCCAUUGAAAUAUAUAUUAAAUUUACAAUGUUUUUCCGGAAGAGGCCACAUAUGAGCGACACAAAUAUUUUGCUCUUAGAAACGACCUAAACGUUACAAGACAUUUUAUAUAACCUGACUAUUCAUAUCGGCUCUGCACAUCGGGGAACACUCUGUUAUCAUAUUACAUAAGUUAGAAUUUCAAAGGAAAUAGCAUUGAGCCACAUUCCUUGCAUUGCCAAAAGUGGAUACAUGACACAAAAAAACUUAUUUAUUGAUGCCCACCGAUGCCUUUUGCAGUAGCGUAUUACAUUAUAACGUGAACCUAAUAAGACUUCCCUUGUUUCUACCUACACGCCGAACGUCUUAAACACAAUAUUUCCCUACUUGUGGCUUUUUGAGUUUUAUCAUGGGACAAUGUUUAAGCGCAGAGUGAUAUUCAGCGUCACACGUUCUGCCGUAGUGAAGCAAUGGAGACUUGUGUGGUUGGUGAUGUCACUCGAUGCUGCUGGCUACACGGUCCGCUCUGACCGUGGGCCGUAGCGGCCUCCAGUGGUCAAAGUUAGGUACUGCUAGUUUUUAAAUGGACCGCGGUUUACUGUUUUUUUUAUUUUGGGAGUGGAAUGUUUUUAAAAUUCCACUCCCAAAAUAUAUGACUUAAAAACAUUUGUCUAUUUAGACUAUAGCGUGCUAUUACUUAAGCAACACUGGAAGCAGUCAAGAUUACGCAAAUAAUAGCAUGUUGUUGUUGGUGUUUCUUCAAAAUCCGGUCUAUAACAUGUAAAUUUUCAGUGAUAAUUUUGCAAUUUUUAACUAUUAAAAUACCUAGCAUGGAAGUGUCGUAAUUGAACCCGCCUGUUUUUAAGGCCAGCUCGCACUUGCGAUCUGAGCACGUGCUUGCGUAUCAGCUCGGGAGUGCGCACGUCGUGACGUCACCGUCACAGCUUCCGGCAAUAUGGCCGCGCGCUGAAGAAAACGAAGGCGGCGGGCUCAGUGACAUGUUUGGAUAGCGAUAGCUGUUAGUGGGAGGCGUAAUGAGCAAAUGUUCGCCCGGACUGGUGUGUUUGACAUGGCGGUGACGCAGCUGUUCCGGUUGGUUAUCCGCGGGUCGGCAGCUCGCCGUUCCCUCAGGAGGUACAGCGAGGUGUGCCCGGCCUUACCUGAGCGUCUCCAACGCUUUGAGUCUCUCAGGGAGAAAAAGAACAACAAGAGGGGAACCGAAGUUUCGGAAAAGCCCCUCAGCAUCCGUGUAGGCGACAGCCAGGUGGUGAAGGGAACAGCCGGGGUCACCAC